AUGUUAAUAGCAAAUACAAUUAACACCUUUAUAGCCAGUUUCUCCCAAUCCCAGGAGCCAAUUAACCUUGAGGGCUUGCCUGCUUAUCUCCCUAGUUUUGUUCCACCACCUACCUUCCAAACCUGGGAGAUUUUUGAAGACCUUCGUAAAAUCAAUGUUAAAAAGGCUGGAGGGCCUGAUAACCUACCCCCUAAGGUUAUUCGAGAAUGUGCGUAUGAAUUAUCUGUCCCUAUAACUGACCUAAUUAAUAAAUCUUUUAAAGAAGGUAAAGUGCCUACACAAUGGAAAGAGGCAAAUGUAGUGCCUAUACCUAAACAAUUUCCCCCGGUAAUAGAAAAACUUCGACCUAUUUCUUUGACCCCUACCCUGGCCAAUGUUGCCGAAGGCAAAAUUUCAAAUGUCAUCCUUAAAUGUAUUGAACCUUUACUUGAUAGAAGGCAGUUUGGAAACCAGAGAGGUAUAUCUACCACACAUUGCUUGACUGAGGUAUACCACUCGUUAGUCAGUGCCUCCGAGAGGUCCGCCAACGCCAGUGUUCUGACGUUGACGGACUUCUCGAAGGCAUGGCAGGCAG